UUGGCACACCUGACAGCGGCCGACAGACAGAGAUGGUUUACUUUUGCACCUAUUUCGCGUCGAGAUCAUCGCAUCGUAUGACGAUUCCGUACGGCACGUGAACACCUGCAUGCUCGCAGUUAUGUGCUUCCAUUGUGAAAAUACAAGUGCUUUAUGGUGAUAAUAUGUCAAAACCAAACAUAAGGAAGAUAACGGCUGACCCUACGAAAUGUAAUACAGACUCUUCACGACGGCCGAGUGUGUUUGAGAGGUUGGGCACCAAACCAGCGAUCGCUGCCACCGCCGCUCAAAAUACAUCGGAUUAUUGCAGAAAUUGGGCCCUUAACGGCAAUUGUUCCUACGGCAAGAAUUGCAAAUACGCAAAUACACAUACAUUGAUAAGCCCAUCCAAACGUGCUAAGAAGGAUAAUGCGAUCGCAAGCACAUCUGGGCACAUUGACGAUCCUUUCAAACGGCUUACGUCAAAAAUCGUGAAAAAAGCAUCGCAUAGUCCAGACUUGAAUAUAGAAGAGUGGAAUCAAACGGAUCUCGAGUACGAGGACGAGAAGGUAUUGGAGAGACGGCGGCAAUUGUUACAACGAGAACUGGAAUUACAAAUGAAGAAAGAUAAAGAAGUACAUGGCAAGGAUAAAGUAAGACAGAAAAAAAAGGCUAUGAGCUCCUCUUCUAGUUCACGCACUUCCAGUACAUCUAGCAGUAGUAGCAGCUCCAGCAGCGAAGACUCAUCUUCCACUUCAACGUCAGAUUCAAGAAAGAAAGUCAAGAAGAUCAAAACAAAGAGACAUCACAGCGCUUCUACUGAUUACGACGAAGAUAAAGAGAAAAAAAGAAAAUUGAAGCUUAAGAGAUUGGGAGCGAAAAACGACAAAGCCGUCAGCAAGAAGAAACGCAAACUCGAGAGCAACUCCACGAAGAAAGAUCUUACCACGAGAUCUGUCAAGAAGCAUGCUCCAUUACCUGCAUCUAGAAAACAUUCUAACUUAUUACGCGCUAGGUCACCUGCAAUACAACAAGGAUCUACGAGUGGAAUUACAUCUACAUCAGCCGUAGUAUUGGGCUCGUCGGUUUCUGUGGCGCAUCACGCGUCAUCGUCUGGCAAAAUACGAGAAAGAAACAGAAGCGAAUCGCCGAAAGCGAUGAAGAGUAACAGGGAGAUUGACAAGGAAGACGGCAGGAAUUACAAGAAAGUACGUGACGUAGAGGAAUGUCUGUCUAAGGAUACGUCAAAGUGCAAGUCGUUUGAUAAGAUCAAGGAACCACAGGAUAAGGAGAAGAGUCGCGCGACUGAUGAAAAGAUCAAGUCGGAUGACCGGUUGAGAUCGAAGUGCAAGGAUAAGGACGUGCGUUCGCGUACACCACCGCCUCCUCUAUCGUCAGAUCGAUCGACCAAGCAUCAACAUAUGAAGGAAAACGCGUCCUCAAAGACGCGACGCAGCCGAACACCUGAUAAGACACCGUCAAGAGCGAGGCGCGAUCUCAGCCCGGUGAAAAAUCCGGAGAAACAAGGCGGCUCGUCGAGUCGUGCGAGAGACGCGGAGAAGAAGGAGCGCGACUCGCACAAGAGAGACAAGAGCAAAGAGCGAGAGGACGCGAAAAAGAGCGAGCAGACCUCGAGUAAUAAACCGAAGCAGACGAGUCAGGACGAGAACUAUCGCAGGAAUAACGCGAGCAAGGACAAUUUCGACGAGAAGACCUACGGUGGUGACAAGACGCGACAGAAGAGUCGCGAGCGUCAGCGCGAGAAAGACCUGAGAGAGGAGCGUCACUCCAGGUUGGCUCGCGAUCAACGCCAGGAACCUCCGCGCGACAAGGAUAAGGAUGAAUCUCAGGAACGUUGUCGCAGUGAGAGGCAGCGAGAGCGAGAUCGCGAUCGGGAUCGCGAGAGGGAACGUGAGCGCGACAGGGACAGGGAUCGCGAUCGAGAACGAGAGCGCGAGCGCGAUCGCGAACGAGAGAGAGAUCGAGAGACCCGCGAGCGCGGAGAUCGCGAUCGAGACAGAGAGAGAGAGAAGACUAUGAAGUCGCGAGAGAGGGACGUAUCCGCAGUGGUUUCCUCCACGACGUUGAAUCUUCCCGCGGACAAGAGCUCGCGUUACAGCAGCAGCAGCAGGCUCAAGGAACGACCCUUGAGCAAGGACGUGUCGUUCGAGAAGAGCAGCGGAGUUCGCGAGCGAAGUAGAAGCGAACGCGAUCGGGAGAGACCAGAGACGAAGGCACUCGCCGAGAGGGACCGGAAUUCGACGCAGUCGCGUCUAGAUGCGAGGUAUGACAGAGGUGGCGCCAUUGAGAAGGACGCAUCAUCCUUAGGUCGCGGUAAGGUGAGUGUAAAUUCACCGCGGGAUCGCAUGGACCGGUUCCGAGAGGCGUCCUUGGACCGUGCGGCCUUGCACGACAAAGGCGGGCAUUCUGUAACAUCAUCGAGCAUUCAGUCGACGGCGCCGCUACCGCUGGUGCCUACGACCGCAUCCUCGGCGAUCGCGACAUCCGCUCCGCCGUCGUCUCGUGAUCAUCUGAUGGACAUGGAUAGUCACUACGAUAGGGAUAGGCACGGCAGAAGAUUCGGCAUGAGAUACGAGCGGGGACACGCAUCGGAACACAACAGCAGGAAGGAUCAGGCGCGAAUCGAACCUAAUCGUCUUCCGAGCAAGAUCGAUCGGAUAGUGGAUCGUCGGGACAUGACUAGUCCGAGACGCGCCGUGGAAGUGGACAGGAAUUUCGGUAGGAAUUACGGUAGAAUGCCGGAGCAUUGGGACGAGCAGGAAGAGUCGACUCUUCACGUGGAAUAUCGCGAUCACACUCAUAUUCACGAUGACGAUAGGAGGAAAACCAUUGAGGGUAGACGGUAUGACAGUCCUUUUGAGGAGAGACGCGUCGCUCGCGAGGACAGAACCAAAGAGUCGAGGUACAUGAUCCAGACUGCAGAGCGAACGUCCUUUGAUGAUCACCGUCAUCAUCAUCACCAUCAUCGGCAUCCUCUUUAUACUGGCGAUAAACUGAGAAGUAGUGGAGCUGGAAUUAGGGAUGAGACUGUUCCAAACGACGAUUGGGAAGGACAUCAUCGCGACGUGGAGCACGGCCGAGAUCGAAGUUAUCCGACCGCGGAAUGGGAGGAGAGAGAAUGGCGCACGAGAACGUUAUGGGAAGGCAGGGACAGUCUUCCUCGUUCAGAGAUACACGACGACGAGUGGAACACUUCCCGAUACGACAAUUCAAUGGCUGACUGGAAGUCCAACGAUGCGCGGAAGUGGGAUAAUCAGAACGUGCAUGUUCGAUCGCAUUACAGAAACGAACGUUCGAAGGACUUGGAACUCGGAGAAUCUACGCAACAUAACAAAAGACGAUCAUAUAAUGCACCGGAAGCGAGAGAAGAGCCGACAAUUCAUCCUUCUGCUAAACAGGCCGCUAUUUAUGGCAGUAUGAAAGAAGAACCUAUCAAAAAACUGAUGGAACUUGCUGAAGGCAAAUUGUCUACAACUACUACGAGAGAAAAAUCCACGGACAGUUUCCAAAAGAAAAAUUCACAGAAGGAUAAGCCAGAAAUCAAGGAACCCGUUGUUAUAGAACCAAAACGUCCCAUAGUCGAGGAUUCAUUGCAAACUCUUCACACUGAGAGCGAUUUGAGUGAUAUUAGCGACGAUCCUGAUGAUAUACUGAAUAUGGAGGAAGAUACUACGGAUAUGGAAAAUAAUAAAACGCGGACAAACAAGAAAGUAUCGGAUGUUGCACACCGCGACGCACAAUCAACCGCACAGGAGCCGGCUCAGUUAUCUCCGAAAGAACCUGUAGAGGAAACAAUUUUCAGUUCAAAAUCUAAAGAUAACACUGAUACAGUGUCACUGAAAAACAUGGAAGACGAAAAUAUGGAAACUAUGGACUUUGAAGAAAUUUCUGAUGGUGAGUUAGAAGAGGACAUCAAAACGAGCGGCAAAGGACUGGGCGAUGCUUUAGGUGUCGAUUGGGAAUCUCUCGUGAAAGAAACGCAAGCGAAAAGGAUUGUCUCGUCGAAUCAAGAUUCUACGGAAAAUCGAUGGCAGUGCAAAGCUAUAUUCUACAGAAUCGGUAUAUCUAAGAAGUAUGCGAGCGAAGAUUUCAUAAAAUACUUACGAAAAAAAUACGAGAAUGAAUUCUUGCUUGCUGAUAUCGCGUUGAUGCACACUGCGCUUGCGCGAAAUCGGUUACUGCAGGAUCUGGAUAAUGGUGCGAUGUCCGCUGUAGAUGAUUCUUUAUACAGAAAUAACAAUGCGAGUUAUGACGAAGAUGUGAAUUACGAUUUGGAAACACUAAAGCCAAGUGCUGCUUUGUAUGAGGAAGCAAAAUGCUUAUUACAGCAAGUAGUAUGAAAAAGUGAUAAAAUUUACGUAUAAAAUUGUGAAUAACUAUUAAUUCUGUUUUAUAUUGAUUGUACAAGAUAUAUAUGUACACUGCCGUGUGUGUAUGUUGUGUGUGUAUGUUUGUGUCUGUGAGAAUCUAUUUCACGCUAUAACAGGUCGUAUCAUAACUUCUAAUUGACAUGAAAUUAUGACUUAAUUAUCGAUUGAACAUAAUUUUUGUCUGAGCAUUUUGCAUCUUUCAUAAAAAUCAAGUGAAUAUUCGCAUAUUUGAAACGUAAUGUUUUAAAUUUAAUCUCUAUCAAAUACGUACUUUUAACCAGAAUAUAAUAAUCGCUUACACUUUUUUAUCGUAAUAACUAUAUUUAUAUAUAUUUCCAAAUCUUUCUUGUAUCAUAAGCUGAAUGUCGCGUGAAAAAAAUACGAAACCAGACGAUUAGAUUAUAAAAGUCGUAAUAUACAUAGCAGUAUAUGAUGCAUUAUUUAUUUCAAUGCUCAUACACAUAUGUAUAUCCAUCCCAGACAUCGAAUAAUUCAAUAAAUACAACUUUAGAAUCGGUGUCUUUUCGCGUUAAUCACUUUUACGAAUAGAGGCUGCGCCGACAUCGUUUUGCAAUAUAUCCAUUGCCUGCCGUAAGAGGCAUUUAUUAUCCUCGUUAUCCUAUAUAAAAAAAUGAUUUAAGCCAAUAAUUCAGACAUGUAUAAUUAACGUAAUUAUAUUUCUUUACUAUUUA